AUGGCGCAGAUGGUGGGGAGGAACGUGGCGGCGCCGCUGCUGUUCCUCAACCUGAUCAUGUACAUCGUCGUGGUGGGCUUCGCGAGCUGGAACCUGAACCACUUCAUCAACGGCCAGACCAACUACCCCGGUGAGUUGCACCAACGCCCGGCGAUGGCGCCGAAGGUGUAAGAGCACGUGAAGAAAUGGAUGGAUGGAUGAGAGAAGUUGCCGGUCUAUUUUUCUCAUCUGCAGGGGUGGCGGGGAACGGGGCGACAUUCUACUUCCUGGUGUUCGCCAUUCUCGCCGGGGUUCUCGGCGUGGCCUCCAAGCUCGCCGGCGGCAACCACAUUCGCUCCUGGCGGAGCGACAGCCUCGCCGCGGCUGCCUCCUCCGCCACCGUCGCCUGGGCCGUCACCGCCCUGGCCUUCGGGUGAGUCCUCUUCUCUACCUCAAUCUUCUUCUCCUUCGCAUUCUCCUGUUCGGCUCCGCCGCCGUGCUGCUAACGGCGGUGGUCGUCGGAUGGGGCGGCGUUCUUGCAGGUUGGCCUGCAAGGAGAUCCACGUAGGAGGGCACCGGGGUUGGCGGCUGCGGGUGCUGGAGGCCUUCGUCAUCAUCCUCGCCUUCACCCAGCUGCUCUACGUCCUCAUGCUUCACGCCGGCAUCUUCAGCAGCAAGUACGGCCCCGGCUACCGGGACUCCGACUACGCCGCCGGCCCCAUCGACCCCGCCGCCCCCAAGGGCGGCGCCGCCACCACCGCCGCCAGGGUGUAA